AGAGCUGCAGGCUGCGACAGAGAGACGGUCCUACCUCCAAACACAGAACCUGUGCCGGCCAGGGAGCAGCAGCUUGUUUUGCGCUCAUACUUAUAAGUCUUGUUUCUUCGGUAAUACCUGAGGGAUCGAAGCUGUCUGGUUGUGUGAAACCCUCUGAAACGUGCCCGCAACAUAAGGGGACGCACUUUACUCAGAGACUAGUUAUUUUUCCAGUGGACGUGGUGGGAGCGAGAGCGCGCGUGCAGUCUGGACUGGUCGGGCAUGAGUGUGCCGGGGAGGGGAGGAAAGAAGACAGCUACGUUAUUUGGUCCAAUCAGGACGGGCAGAACCCAAGACUCCGGUUGUCUCCUCCGUGGACAGGCUACACACUCAGAGCGAUGACUGUACUGAAUUAUCCACCGGCUCCCUGUCAUUUCUCCGCAGAAGGCAGCUCCACCAGCACCCGCCCUUAAAAUAAAGCCGCUGUGAAACAAGUCAGCACCAUCGCCGUUGUCUAACAGCUGGGAUUUACACUUUGCAAUGUCUUGAGACGCGACGGGGAAGCUGCAAAGAUGAUGACAGAUUACCGGGAGGAUGGCAUGGACCUGGGGAGUGAUGCCUCCAGUCGUUCCAGCUCAGAGUCCAACUCCAACAAGGUUACACCUUGCUCCCCUUGUCUUGACCUGGCCACUUUGGAGGACUACAAAUCCUCUCCCUCUCUAGACCUGGUCACCUUAGAGGACUAUGAGGAGGACGAGGACUACCAAGAGUAUAAGAAGAAGGUGAUAGAGGAGUGGGAGAGCGAGUAUGGAGAAGACUACAUCUCUCCACAGCCUCCUGGUCAAAAGGAAGGCGGAGGAGCCCUUGUGGGGGUUGACGGCCUUGGCGAAGGCUAUACGAAGAUAGUGAACAGUCGCAGCCUCGCUGAAGAAUUCCAGGAUGUGAAGACCGUUCCACCCCUUCCGGCCUCUGGCGGGGACACUGCCACCUCAGCCGCAGCCGUCCCUGAGGAACUGAAACAGAAUGGCAAUCUGAUUUUGCCCAGGAGCCAACAGCUUCAUUCCCCCGGUACACCACAGAGGGUCACAGGGACUCCCAAGCCCCGACACCGUAGCUCCACUCAAGGUAGGGGGAGCCGCAGCACUAACAGGGGUGCUGCUGGUGGUGGAGCCGGAGGAGGCAGUGGAAGCAGUGAAGGGACUGGGGGACGGAUGGGGGGAUACAAAGAGGAGGAGGCUGUAGAGGAGGAGCCUCUCCCCACCAUGGACUGGGCAGCCCUGGAGAGACACCUGGCUGGGCUGCAGUGCAGAGAGCAGGAGAACCAGAAUCUCAACCACAACCAGAACCACAACAUGGGCAAGACCAACUACACCUCGGCCCAAAAGAAUGAGAGGGAGUCUAUCAGGCAGAAGUUGGCCCUUGGCAGUUUCUUUGACGAUGGGCCAGGCAUCUACACCAGCUGCAGUAAGAGCGGCAAACCCAGCCUGUCCUCACGGCUGCAGAGUGGGAUGAACCUCCAGAUCUGUUUUGUCAAUGACAGCGGCAGCGACAAGGACAGCGAUGCCGAUGACAGCAAGACGGAGACCAGUCUGGACACGCCUCUGUCCCCCAUGUCCAAGCAGAGUUCGUCCUACUCGGACAGGGACACCACAGAGGACGACUCUGAGUCACUGGAGGACAUGGACUUCCUAAGUCGACAGAAGAAGCUGCAAGCGGAGGCGAAGCUGGCCCUGGCUAUGGCCAAGCCGAUGGCCAAGAUGCAAGUGGAGGUGGAGAAACAGAAUCGCAAGAAGUCCCCAGUGGCCGACCUGCUUCCACACAUGCCUCACAUCAGUGAGUGUCUAAUGAAAAGAAGCCUGAAGCCCACCGACUUGAGAGAUAUGACUCUGGGGCAGCUCCAAGUCAUCGUCAAUGACCUGCACUCCCAGAUCGAGAGUCUGAAUGAGGAGCUUGUACAGUUGCUGCUGAUUCGUGAUGAACUACACAUGGAGCAAGACGCCAUGCUGGUUGACAUAGAGGACCUCACCAGGCAUGCUGAGAGCCAGCAGAAACAUUUGGCUGAGAGGACCCUAUCCAAAUAAGAUGCCCGUACCCUCUCCACCCUGCUCCCCCCUGCUUCCCCCCUACCAAGCUAAGCUCCUGCUCCAAACCAGACUUUUCCCCUCUGGCUAUUCCACCUCCGCCCGUGUCGAUCCAAAUCCUGCCCGCUUGUCCCAAGUAUUUUGCUCCUCGCUGCUUCCCCGUCUCGCCAUGUCUACUUCCUGUCCACCCCACUGACUCCAGUGGUAGCAGCAGCACAGAAAAAGGCCACCCUCUUUCGUUUGCUUCUGUGGUUUUCUCCCAGCGCUAAGGACGGAUGAGCACUUACUGCUUCCUGGGAGAGGAGGAAAUUGAUUGUGUGUUGUCAUGGCAUCUGUCCCCAGCUUCCUGUGCAGUGAUCGGCCUUGCUUUGCUAUUGUUUCUUUUUAACUGUCUACAUUCGCCACUAAAUUAUAACUGUCAAAUGCAAAAAUUGUGGGGGAAAAAAUUAAGUAAUAGUGCAAAAUUUAGUAGAAAGUCAGUCAUGAGAAGAAGAAAAAACAAUAUUGUAUGAAAAAAAUCAAAUAAAAAGAUGGAAACUAACUUCUUCAGACCAUUUUAAGUUGGACAGUAAUUUUCAAGUAUUUCCAAGUCAACCUGUUUUUAUUCUGCACAAAUGGUAGUUUUCAACUGAGAAACGUGUAUUUGAAGGUGCUAAAAGAGUGUAAAGGAAACAUGCCUGCCUUGUAGUGGAGUCGUAGCUUUUGGUAAUACAUUCACUCUAAUUGCUCUUCAACAUUUUGUGAAUGUUGAUUUUCUGACACAAGUCAUUUUAAAUGAAUAAGUGUGUUAAAAUCGUUUUCAUCCUACUGUAAUCAAAAAAACUUUAUUUGAGGGAAGAAAUGUUUAUGUACAGAUAUGUAAAAUAAAGAAUAAACUUUGUUUCAUA